AUGCACGUCCUACGUAUGUCGAGUCGUGUGGGCCACGUCGCCAGCCUCAUCUACAACCAUCAUCCCAGCUCCGAUCACUCGAACAAGCCUCACAUUGAACUAUUUCAUUGCCAACGAUCCGAAUUCUUGGUCCGCGCUGGUACCAUCGUUGAGAUCCCCGUCCCCCCAUGCAACUGGUCCUUCAAUGUCCUUCACAAGAUCCAAGCUUUUGGCCUUCUUUUUGCUUCUGUCUGUCUAAGUCGAGACCUCUAUACCGCUCGUCUCAGCUUGUUCGGCUUCUAUUCGUCCUCAAUGCCUCAGCGUCCUUCAGUGCUCAGCUCACAUACCCACCAUCAGUGCCAUCCCGACGAUGUCAUUAGCAAGGAUAGCCUCAUUGGAUCACGGUUGAGGCAGGGUAAAAGAACACUUGGUGGGCCUUGA